GAUAAGAGUUGCAUAAAGUUGCUCUGUAACACAACUCCAAAACUGUGAAUACACUGAAUAAUUUUCUUAGUCCCUCCUUCUGCCCUUAGCUUUGUGUCCCAGUACUGAUAAAGGCUUAGGCUUGGGGGCGAGUUGGUAUAGGAUGGAUAUAGAGGGGAAAGCUUUUUUUGGGUGGUUCAGUGUCUGUGAGUGUAGCUAGCCUCAAAGCUAAUCCUGUGGCUGCUUUGUCACUCCUUGAGGUAAAGGGCUCCUAACCAGUGCAUGCAGCAGAGGAGGGCAUCCUCCAAACCUCAGAGUUGCAACAAAGCUUUGGACUGGAAAUUAAAUAAAAAGGAGCUAGGGAAUAGCUCUUAGGUGGAGUGCUCUCACCCCGGGCUAUAUAUUUCUCUUAAUAGUGUUUGUCCUUCGCAAGGAACAUCAUGAACGGCUACCAGCUUACAGCAGCAAUGGCCAUUCCCUACAAUGCAUAUGGUCUGAGUCAAGAACAAGUUGCCUGCGUCUGUGAUGUACUACAGCAAAGCGGUAACAUAGAGAGGCUUGCUAGGUUCCUCUGGAGUCUUCCAGCCUGCGAGCAGAUACAGAAGAACGAGAGCGUCCUCAAAGCAAAGGCACUCAUCGCCUUUCACCAGGGAAACUUCCAAGAGCUCUACAGAAUCAUAGAGACCAAUAAUUUCUCUCCCGACUCGCAUCCAAAGAUGCAGCAGCUCUGGCUUCAGGCUCACUACAUCGAGGCUGAACGUCUCCGCGGAAAACCACUCGGAGCUGUUGGAAAGUAUCGCAUCAGACGCAAGUUCCCUCUUCCAAGGACCAUUUGGGAUGGUGAGGAGACCAGCUACUGCUUUAAAGAGAAGUCCAGAGUUGUCUUACGCCAGUGGUACACUAAGAAUGCCUACCCAUCGCCAAGAGAGAAACGACAGCUAGCAGAACAGACCGGACUGACCACGACUCAAGUUAGCAACUGGUUUAAGAACAGACGUCAACGAGACAGAGCAGCAGAGACAAAAAGUACCGAUCCUAAAUUCAAGCAAGAUCUAUCCCUCAAUUCUACUCCCUCUUCAUCGACCAGUUCUGCUUCACUCUCCCUCGAGCUCCAUUCACCGAAGGAAGGUCUCUCGGUAACCAACGAGCUACCCGAUGAUCCAAUCAAUCCAUCAGACCUAUCGAUCAAGGAAGAAAUAUCCUCUACUCCCGGCCCUAGCGGAGAUUUCCCCAGCCCUAGUGCUAGCCCUGUUUCGGAGUCAUCCUUCCCAAAGUUAACUGAAGUCUAUCGUUCAGCAGAAGACUCGUUCAUCACUCCAGAGAGCAUCGGUCAGACGGAUUCCUCGAGCAUUGCUGUCUCUCCGGAUAACACAAAGUACUAUCCCCAUCAGUCCGGCACUUACCCAUCAACGAGUGAUGCCUCCAUUGCUUCCUCCUACUAUGUCUCUUAUAACGGUACCUCUUAUCCGACAGCAGCUGCAACCCCUGCUGCAUAUAACAGCACGUCUCUACCCAACCCAGACAUGUACUCCACUCCUGCUGGCUCUUGCUUGAGCCCGAGUUACCUCAGUUCUUACCAGGCAGCUACUGGUAAAGGAUACACGUGGCCCACAGCUCCUAAUGGUGUUGGAUACAGUGCGUUUGGAAUGACACCAGACAUGUAUCAGUAUCAAGCUCAGACUUACCAGCAAAUGGCUGCAUCUCGUGGCACUUAUCAAACACCAGCAGGAGCAGCUAGCUAUUUCACGGGACAAACUGCCUCUCUACCGAACACAAUGUCAUGAUGUCCUCUUCUGCAGUCAUAUACUGAGUAGUCUUGUGGUCACAAGUAUAUCAACAUUAUUAUUAUUACUAUUAUUAUUAUUAUGCAUAUCUUUCACUUCAAUGCUCUUCCUUCCUUUCCUUAUGCUCUGUGGUAUGCCAGUUCUUUAUUUGAACUGACCACACACUCUUUCACAAGCUUCCCUUCUUUUCUAUCAAUCAUUCUUCAAAGGACUAUCACAUCACUGCUUUGGCAUCCACUGGAUUGUGCCUCAGCAAGACUAUUUUUAAUUUUCAACCAUUAGAGAGAGAAAGAGACCUAUUGUUCAGAUCACAGCACCUACAUUAUUAUUAUUAUUAUUGUUAUUAUUAUUAUUAUUAUUUCAGCUGUGCUUCAUAAUACUAUCAUAGUUAUUAUUAUAAUUACUAUUAUUAUAGUCUAAAAAUUAAAAAAACUCUUUUUAUACUUAUGCUUCACAUGAGAAUUAUUUUAUAAAGCUGUAUUCACAAUGUA